CCUGGGUGUUAGUGGCAGAACCAACUUGAGGAGUGGCAACUGUAGUAGCUGUAGGCAGUGCAGCAGUCAUGCCAUAAUACCCCAUGUACUGUGCGUCCAUAGUACUAGCUGGAUACCCACCAUACGUCGGGUAAGCUGGAUAGGCAGCUGGGUAAAAACCUGCUUGGCCUGUCGGCAUAUACCCGGCAUAUUGUUGCAUAUACUGUGCGGGAUUUUGACCUGAUUGCUGCUGGCCUGGAUUCAUGUUGCUGUCAGGUAUUAAAAUGCGCAAAGAUCAUUGCUAAAACAAGAAAAUUUCUUCGAGAAAAGACAAAACAAAACGCUAAAAUUCCCAAGUGGUUUUGUUCCGCUUUCAAGAUGGCCGCAACAUGCUUUUAAAUUUUGCACACGUGAUAGUGUUUCCACUUGUAUGAAGCACAGAUUGGAGCAUAAAAGAGUUAUACUUUUAUAACUAUAGCAUAUUUGAUAAUUUUGUAUUUUGCCAAGAUUAAAAGAUGCAAAAGAAAGCAGCCUGAAACAACCCCUAUUUAAUAAUUGAGAUAAUGUGAAAGAACAUGUAUUGUUUUAAGGCUUUUAAGCUAAAAAAUGUUGAGAAAUUUAAAAGACAAAAAGUGAGUUUGCCAGAUUUCCCUGUGGAAACACGAGCCAACAAAAUGGCGGCCGAAUGGAAAGAAAAAUUGGAAAGACGACAGGAAGCAAGACUUUUAGAAUUAGAGAGAAAAAAACAAGAACGAGCCGAACAAAUAAGACCUGAAGAAAAUCCUGAGCUUUUACUCUCGACAUUUGUCACAGAAAAAGCAACGAUAGAAAAAAUGUUGUGCGAUUUAAACAGCCUUGAACGAACCGCUUUGCGCGAGCGGUUAGACGAUGCGACAAAAAUGCUUCAAAAGCUUCAAAAAUUCUUAUCGGAUUCCUUUACGUUCUUGCCCUCCUAUGAUGUUAAAAAUAUGCAAGCUGAAAUUAACAAAGUACAGCUGGAGUUAAAUGAUAAACGAAGUAAUUUUAUGCCGAAGAAAAAGUUUGCUUUUAGCAAGAAAAAGCAAACUGGUGAAACUGCAGAGAGACAGGAAAUGAAUUUAAACAAAGUUGGCGAUCAGGUAUAAUGCAUAUAAUAUUUUAUAUUUUGCCUUACCUGAGUAAUCACUACAAAAUACAUAUACCAUCAAAAACACCUUAUACUUGCAUUACUUUGGUAUGGUGAACAGUAAUUAAGUACCAUAGUUACAGAAUAGGAACAUUACAGCGGUUACACUUAUGAGGUGUUCACCCCCCCUGAAAAUAUUCAAAAUGUCAGAUGUUCAGGGGGGUGAAUAACUCUCAUAACCACACUGGCUAGGAACAUGGCAACAUCAUUCCGAUGAUGAAUUAUGGCGUGGCAGCGGUUAUGCUUUUUUGGCUGAGUCAACCUUGUUUGCCUCCAUUCUGUGUACCCAAAUUUUGGGUACAAAUAUCCAUUUGAUGUUAUAGGUGUUUUUGUGUGAAAUGGUCAUCCCUGGUUUAAAGUGUAAAUUACAGUAUUUUAAAUUUCUAGGAUUGUACAAAGAAUGAGCUGGCUGAGAGAACAGAUGCUUCUAGUACCAAAGAAACCAAUGUUAUCAUUGGAGAAAAGAUUACAAGACAUGAAAAUGACUUGUUAGAGAAAGAUGUCAGUUUCUCAAAUUUGAAGGAUUGCACAUUAACUCUUUAUGGGUCUCCAUUAGCUCUUCAUCUUGAGAAAUUAGAAUCAUGUCGAGUAUUUUGUGGGCCUGUGAGUGGAUCAGUAUUCAUCAAUGACUGUAAAGAUUGUAUAUUUGUAUUCCCAUGUCAGCAAUUACGUGUCCACAAUACUGUUAAAUCACAGUUUUAUCUCCAUGUUACAAGCCGAGCAAUCGUUGAAGAUUGCCAUGAUUUAGGGUUUGCCCAGUUUAAUUGGAAGUAUGAUGGUAUGAUCGGCCAUUUUGAAGCUAGCAGGCUGGACCGUACUAAGAAUAAUUGGCAGUUAGUGGAUGAUUUUAAUUGGUUAAAAACUGAACAACAGUCGCCAAAUUGGUACAUUAUUAGUGAUGAAAGUAAAGUUAUUUCUUGGAAUUGAAAGUGAUUAAGUGUAUUUUAACUAUAGCAUGAUAUUAUUGGUAAUAUAUGGAAACAGUGUCUGAGUUAAUUUAUAGAGAUUAUUUAAAAAGAUUAUCAAAAUGGAAGUUGGAACAGAGUUUUCACUAUAUGUUAUAUCUAUAUUCAUUCUGAU